AUGACUGAAAACGAACAAGUUGAAAUAAUCGAAAGAAAAGAAGAGUUAGUUGAUGAAAUAUAUAUACAAAAUGAAAUCGAUAAAUUAAAUAUAGACGAAUUAAUAAAGCCUAAACAAAACCAUGCAUUAAAAAAAGUUAUACAAACAGAUAGAAAUAUUGUUAUGAGUUUAGAUGACAAAAUAAGUAAGUUACAAAAGUCAUGUCAAUAUGGAAAACAAGUAUCAAGAAUCAUAAAAUUUAAAGCAGAGAGUUUAAGUACUAUUUCUUUAAAGGAAAAAUUAAAAUUAAUAUUAGAUACAUUUGUAGAUAUGUUUUCUGAAGAUAAUGAAACGAAUACUGAAUUUCAACUUAAUGAUGAUGAUAAUAGUUUUAUAAACAAUAAUAAUGUCGUAAAACCAACUAUUAGUUUUAUAAAAAUAUCAAAAUAUUUUAGUAUAAAUACAUUACCAUUUUGUUCACUAAAUUAUGAUACAAUCCCUUUAAAUCUUUUUAUUAGUGAUGAAAAUAAUUUUACUAUUGAAACAAAUAAAAAAAAAAAUUAUACCAGAACUAAACAAUCUAACAAUAGUUAUAAAAAAUUAAAAGAUUAUACAUAUGAUAAUGGACCUGAAGUAAAAUUAGAAACUUAUGAACAAUCAAUGAAACUUAAAUAUAAAUUAAAUCAACUUGAAAAAAUUCAAAAAAAUGUAAAAUUUUUUAAUUUUAUUAUUGAUUGUGAUCCAAUUAAUGGAUUUAAUGAAACAACAUUUCGUUUGUUUUUGGUUACUUUACUUGUAUCAAAAGGUCAUGUAGAAUUUUAUAAAAAUACGGAUGAUAUUUUAUGCAUUAAAUCAUGUGAAACCCUGGACCCAAAUAAUGAAAAUGAUGACAUCACACACACAUUGGAAGGAGAAUUAAAAAAAAAAAAAAAAAAACCAAGCCUUACUUACGUCGUGGUCUUAUAA